CUCUCAGUUGUAAGGUAGGGAAAACGUCAAUACAAUGUAUGUAGAAUAUAGACGUCGAUUGAAAUAUACUUAUUAUAGCUUUAUCUGCUUGAAUUUUUUUAUUACUUUGCAAACAAAACUACACACCUUUUGCCGACAGAACAUCAAGUGUCUCAAUGCAUUACGUAUCCAUAGAAUUUAAUACACGUCUAAAUCUAAAGGUAGCUGGUUUUAUUAUUUUCCUACUUAGGAAAAGGAAGGAUCGUUCCGAGUUUUACCGCAGCCCUGGUGCUCGGGAGGACUGGCGUCUGCCGCUGGACGCCUGGCAGAAGUUUUACCUGCAGAAAUCCUGGAAGACUGUGGCCAGGAAAGGAGACCAGGCAGCCAGCACCAUGUUUCUUAGAAUGCUACAGGACAACCCUGGCUUACGUCGAAAGUGGCCAAGGCUAAAACUCCUUACUGAUGAGGAGAUACCAACUAACCCUUACGUCAAGUUCUUGGGAGAUCGUAUAUUUGACAGUCUGGAUUACAUCAUAGAUAACCUGGGCGACCUUGAUCACGUGAUCUGUGAGCUGACAAAACUCGGCCGUCAGCACUCUGACAUGAAUGUCAUGACACCAGAGGAUGUGUGGGCGAUAGAGACUGCUUUCCUCACUACCGUACAGGAGUGUUUGGAGGAUCGCUUCACCAUCAAGUACGAGGAAAUCUACCACGGCUUCAUUGUUUUUGUCAUUGAGACGAUGGUGAUUGGAUUUGACCCACACUGGGACUUUCCAAAAACAUGAUGAAACUGCAACUAUGAAAUAUAGCA